AUAGAAAUCUAUAAUUAGUGUCUUUGUAACUGGGCUCUUUAGUCAAAGACCGUCAGUGCUGUUUUACAUAGUGGGCCGCGGCGGGCACAUUGGUCAACCAGAUUCUUCUGGGGUUAGCAACUGUCUCUGGUGUCCAGGGAUGAGCUCACGUGACUUGGAAUGCUCGGAGCCAAUCUGGUCGGAGGGCUGUACAAUCUCAGUUCGACCGGCUACGCGGACUUUACCAAGAUGGCCUCCAGGCCUCUGCGCCUCAGUCCGCGGGGGCAGCCAUCUUGGUAAAGGCCAGGCAGCGGGUGGCGCGGCGUGUGACCGCGCUGCAGCCGGGGACCGCAUGGUCAGACACGACCGCCACCAAAGAUGGGAAGGCGGCGCGCGUUGAGGCGCUGCGUGCAGCUGUUAGUGUCCUCAGCGGAGCUGGGGUGGCGGGGCCGAGAGAGGAGGGACGCGGGCGUACAGCGUGGCGACACCCGCCGGGGCUCCGGUGCAGGUGGGCCCGCGGCGCCGAGGCCCUCAGGGAAGGGGACGCGUCGCAGCGCGCGUCCGCCGGCCAUCACCGCAAGCUUCUCACCUAAGGAUAUGGAUGAAAACGAGAACAGCCAGUCUCCAGCGCCAAGCUAUCAGUAUCCAAAAGAAACACUGAGGAAGCGUCAGAACUCAGUGCAGAAUUCAGGAGGAAGUGUGUCUUCUCGGUUCUCCAGGAAAAGCUUCAAGCUGGAUUACAGACUAGAGGAGGAUGUAACUAAAUCGAAGAGAGGAAAAGACGGGAGAUUUGUUAACCCAUGGCCAACAUGGAAAAGCAUCUCUGUCCCAAAUGUGCUCAGAUGGCUGAUAAUGGAGAAGGAUCACAGCGGUGUUCCAGGUUCCAAAGAGGAACUUGACAAAGAACUCCCAGUACUUAAGCCAUAUUUUAUCAGUGACCCCGAAGAUGCUGGAGUGAGAGAGGCUGGCUUACGAGUCACGUGGUUGGGACACGCAACACUGAUGGUGGAAAUGGAUGAGCUCAUCUUCCUCACGGAUCCCAUGUUCAGCUCUCGCGCCUCUCCCUCGCAGUACGUGGGUCCGAAGCGGUUUCGCCGUCCCCCGUGUACAAUAAGAGAACUCCCCCCAAUAGAUGCUGUCCUCAUCAGUCACAACCACUAUGACCAUCUGGACUACGGCUCAGUCCUCGCGUUGAAUGAGCGGUUCGGCAGCGAUCUGAGAUGGUUUGUGCCGCUGGGCCUUCUUGACUGGAUGCAGAAAUGUGGCUGUGAGAACGUGAUUGAGCUGGACUGGUGGGAGGAGAAUUGUGUUCCUGGCCAUGAUAAGGUCACCUUCGUCUUCACGCCUUCCCAACACUGGUGUAAAAGGACCCUCUUGGACGACAACAAGGUUCUAUGGGGCAGCUGGUCUGUGCUAGGGCCUUGGAAUCGGUUUUUCUUUGCUGGCGAUACUGGCUACUGCCCUGCUUUUGAAGAGAUUGGGAAAAGGUUUGGUCCUUUUGACCUUGCAGCUGUUCCCAUCGGAGCUUAUGAACCAAGAUGGUUUAUGAAAUACCAGCAUGCUGACCCAGAAGAUGCUGUAAGGAUUCACAUUGACGUUCAAACAAAGAGAUCUGUGGCAAUUCACUGGGGGACUUUUGCCUUGGCUAAUGAGCAUUACUUAGAGCCACCACUGAGACUGAAUGAAGCUCUAGAAAGAUAUGGACUUUCUUGUGAGGAUUUCUUCGUCCUGAAGCACGGAGAGUCGCGGUACUUGAAUACUGAUGACAAGGCUUUUGAAUAAACAUGAAAAUAGGAAUUUCCAUGACAACAAAUGAAAAGACUAAGAAAUUCACAAAUAUUAUGACAAUUUUCACAAGGAAACAAUUUCUGCAAGUGUGUAUUUUGUUUUGUAUUAUAACUUGCCAAUUAAUAAGACUCACUUACAUAAACUGUGGAAGUUUCGGGAUGGGUUAUUUAAGAAACUGCCAAUAUAGAUUUUUAAAAAACUCAUACCAAUGAUACAAACAUUGCAAAAUAUUAUUUUUUAUCAAAACACUAUGUUUUAGUGGCACUAAAAUUUCUGAGGUUGUGAAAAACUGAUGUUAAAGUUCCAUUUUUCUAUUCAGGGCUUUCUACAAAGGAGAGUCAAGCUUACCUACCUAGAUCACACACACACACACACACACACACACACACACACACACACAGACACACCUUUCUUAUAGUCAUAUGAUGAUAAGCUUGACCUCCACACGGUGAUUAACUGCUGGCCAUGGAGAUGUAUGCCUGCAGUCCAGCAUUCCAAAGGAUAAGGCAGACAGGUGACAAGUUCAAGGCCAACUAGAGCUACAAGUGAGAGAAGACAUUAGCUUACAUGCCAAAUGUUAAGUGAUUUUAUUUUGUUAAGCAUAAGAACAUAGGUGUUUGGGCUAAAUUUAUUGUUUUUUAAAGUAGAUUUUUUUUUAUUGUGCUCAAAUAUACAUUGCAUAAAAUUAUCAUUUUUACUAUGAAAAGAAGCUCUUUGACAUCAAGUGUUCACAUUUGUGUGCCGCCGUGAGCAUCGUGUACUUACAUUUCUAAGAGGGCAUCAUCUACCCAGCUGCACUUCCCAGAUUCAAAGUGGAUGGGCAGAGAAGGGAAGAGUGGGUUUUGAGACUUGGGGCAAGUCUUUAAUUUCAAAGGCAGACUUUCUGCCAAGGACAACUGUAACUAAAGUAUCUCCCAAAGGAGAGAAUGGAGCGCCUAGAUGUGAACACACCAUGCACUGGAAUUGUUCUUUUUCUGCUUUCUCUAUCCUGGUGUCAGCUCUAACCCCAUAUAUGUCGGUAAGAUUUAGGAGCAUGUUUUACAUGACUUGGAUGUGGUAUUUUUACAUUAAAUGACAUAUAAGCACAAUUGUGCCUUUUAGUAAGCCAUUGUGAAAUGUCAGUAGCUAUUUUCCUUUUAAGAUUGUGGGUAUCUGCUGGCCAGAGUCUUUGUCCCAGUACACCUCUGUAUUCACAGGUUUGUUAUGAACCUUAAGGAAGUGAGCUGCCGGGGUAUUAGUGAAGGUACAUUCUGCUUCUGCUUUCUAGAACCAUGGUACAAAACAUAGCAAAUUUUAUAUAUAUAUCAAAUAUUAUAUAGGGAGUACUCAGUAAUUUGAUGCAUUUGCAAGGGUGAUGCAUGUCACCUUGGCCUCUCAUCAGAAUUUCCUCCAUUCAAUCAUGGACUUAAUUACCCCCAAACAAGUAGCUUAUAUUCAGACCCAAUAUCACCAUGUACAAGAGGACAAUGUUAACCUACCUCCAGGCAGAGAAUCAUUGUUUUUAAAGCACUUUAGAAACCUAAGGGAGAAAACUUAAGAUAUCACUCUGAUGCAGACAGGCACAGCUGAAGAGCAAUACUUCCCAUGAUGCAUUGUUUCUGCCCAGACACCAAACUGGAGGCUGACACCUCACCCACUUGUGACUUUAGAGGGGAAUAGCCAAUAUGAGUGAUCAUCAGAAUAUAGGUUUUUUUAUAUAAAAUGUUCCCAUCAGUCAAGGGGAAAUGUGUGCUAUAACACUGUGUAUCAUGAACAUGGCUUAGAGGCACUAAAGCACAAGAUUCCAUUUAAAGUUAGCUUCAGGAAAACCAGGCAAGUGUCCGCUCCCCACUGCAGGCAGACAUGAAUCCAGACGGUAGGGCUAUGGGUGCCAGCCUUGGGGGACACCACUCCACUGGGUACCACUGCAGCGGAUAUGUUACUGUAAGCCAUACUAAGAAUUCUCUUAAGCAACUGAUGUAACUUAAGUAUUUCUCCGUGAUGAGUGGCCUUGGCAGUGCUUUUGUGCCCACACGUACUGUUUGAGGCCUUUUGUGUGAUUUGCAUUCUGGUCCCCGGAAUGAAUUGGGCCUGCCUAGUUUUUUUUAGGCCUCCUCAUGGUUUUUGUUUGUUUCUGUUUACUGAAGUUCCAUUCGGUGUGAAAUACAUCACAUCUCUCUAACACAACCACACUAUUGAAUGGCUUUCACUUUAUUUUUCUAAUCUACAUUUCAAAGGAUGUAUGUAUAAAGUGAAAAUAAAUUUUGAAAAACUCUA